CUGGAGAAGAUUUGUGUUUUAUUGUCACGAUUCUUCCAAGAUGGAUGUUGGAGUGUCCAAGUCCCAUGUGUUUCUCAACUACAGCCCCAGAGCCCUCUUCUCCCAGUGGAGCAUCCCGCUGGGUGCACGGCGUGUCAUGGAUGCAGUGAAGGAGGGUCAAAAGAGCAGCCUGAGUUCAGGCAAAAUGGUGGCUCUAGCUGCGGGUCUCUCUGUCGGGGCCACAGUGGGCUACAUCGUCUAUCGCCACUUCAGCAGCACCAACAACACAGGUCAGGGACUCCACACUGAAGUGUCCAAGAUGACUCUUCCUGUAGAAGUCUAUAGGAACAUAUCCAAAUACCAGGCCAAGUUUUUAGACAUGGUGACCCAGAAGUCCGGGGCUCAUGUGAGGGUUUUGUCUGAUUCAGGGGAGCCUGGAAGUAAGACGGCUGUAUGCUUCCUGCUGCAGGGCUCUGCAGAACAGGUCUUGCUGGCACGCUGUGUCCUGGAGAACCUGGUCACAGAAUGUGAACCAGUAUUGGAGGUUUUGGAAGUUCCUCAAACCUCCUUUGGACGUAUAAUAGGCCGUGGUGGAGAAAGCUUGAAACUGAUCACCAGGACCACAGGAGCCAAAGUGGCCUGUUCUAAAGAGAAGGCUCACGGUCCAGGGGCAAAGGGCAGUGUGACAAUCACAGGGACCAGACAGGAGAUCAACCAGGCCAAGGAGCUGAUUCUAGAAAAAGUCAGGGAAGACAUGAUGGUGAGGACGAAGAUCUCACAGUCAUCUGCCCUGCGCCAGAAACGUGGCCAUAAUGUUGUAAAUGAGAAGCCUGAGAGCGUGGAGACAGAACCACCACUGGGCAUUAACAACAACGGGCCCGUCUUCCAGACAGAGAAGAAUGGACUUGUCCAUGCCAACGGCACCACACAACCUGAAAAUAUUUUCGACAAGGUGGAGGAGCUGAAACUGAGCAACACAGUCAGAAAGGAGGAGGAGGAAGAGGAGAGUAUUUCUACGGAGUCACUCUCUGAAGUGUCCAAGUUUGAAAUUCCCAGCCCAGACCUGAGCUUCCAGCCAGAUGAACACUUAGAAGUUUAUCUUUCUGCCUCGGAGAACCCAAACCAUUUCUGGAUCCAGAUCCUGGGGGUUCGCUCCCUCCAGCUGGACAAACUGACGGAGGAGAUGAACCGCUUCUACAACAGUGGGAACCCCACAGAGCACAGGGUGGAGACCAUUGUAGUGGGGGACAUUGUGGCAGCGACGUACCGAGACCACGGCACAUGGAACAGAGCAAGGGUGCUCGGAGUCCUUAACUCUGGACUGGUGGACCUUUACUAUGUUGACUUUGGGGACAACGGGGAGCUGCCCAGAGACAGCCUCCGCCGCAUGAGGAGUGACUUCCUCAGCUUACCAUUCCAAGCUAUUGAGUGCAACUUAGCAGGGGUGAGGCCAAAAGUGGACGUGUGGACUGAGGAAGCCCUGGAUGAGUUUGAGCGACUGACAUAUUGUGCCUCUUGGAGACCCCUGCAGGCCAAGCUCUGCAGCUACUCUCACUCUGAGAUCUCCUCGUGGCCCAGUGUCAAGCUCUACGACAACAGUGAGGGCAAGACUGUGGAUAUUGGUGAAGAGCUCAUACGGCUGGGUCAUGCUGUCAGCUUCCAGGAGGUGUUGAAUGGGAGGACUGAAGGUGACAAUCUAGGCUGUCUGCAGAGGAUGUUGGAUGAUGUAAUAGGAGCAUCGUCAGAGCUCAGCCUCUCCUGUAUCAGUUUAUCAGAAGCUGCCUCAAUCUCAGGGAGCGUUGAUGAUGUCAUAGAGGAUGAGCUGCUGUGAGACCAGAGACGUACAUAAAUAUAAAGGUAUUGUGUCAUGGCUUAAUGACAUAGUGAAUCUGAGCUUUUCUUGUAAAAUGCAUCUGUAAGUCUGUUGAAAUGAUUACUUCGCCUCCUUGUACCUCCCGCCACUGACCAUCAUCUCAGCAUCAGUCCAAAUGAGAUGAAGAGGAGGUCUCUUUGUCUGAUCCAAACACAACCGCAUAAAUCCUCAUCGUGAAGCCUUACCCACUUGACGAGCGUGCAACAGUUCUUCCAGCCAUAUUCAUUGUUGUUGUUACUUCAGUAAUGUUGGGUUAUGUUUUCCCUUUUUGAUGUCCUGUUCUGUACCCAAUGCUGCUUUACUUAAAUGUGUUGCUACGACAUACCUGAGUUCAAGAAAUGAGGAGUGGAACAAAAACAGAAUGCCAGUAUUAUUAUUGUUGUUGUUUUUGUCGUUGUUGUUAUUAUUGUUAUUAUAAAAAUAAUACUGACAAUAAUGAUAACAAAAAGCACUGUGAUAUGAAUCACUGGAACCAGAAGGCAGCUGGUUAGUGGCUAGUAAUGACUAGUUUAUUUCUCUUACUUGUAUGUAUAUUGAAAAUUAAUGACAUAUGUAUUGGGCUUCACAAGUUGUUAUCUUUUUGAAAACAUACAGUAUUAUUGAAUGUGGUCCUCAGAUUCUGUUUUGGGUGAAAAUGUGGCAUCAAAUACAUCUUUAGCUAAGCAGAGAAGAAAGUUAAACUUGAGAGGUGUAAUAGAAUGCACUAUAUUAUAAUAAAGGAUUUAUUUUACUUCACAAA